UACCCACACAAAACCACCGGUCGUUCAAAUUCACGAGGCCAAUCUCUUUCUUCUUCUACGCUGCAAAACUUUUGAUAAGGCUUCCAAGUUGCAGCUUCGAAGUUCAUAUCUAUGGAGGUUUCUGGAUUAGUUUCCCGCCAAGUUCCGUGCUUUUCCGGCGCCGGAAUCGAUACCCGGUCUGCAAAUUCAUCGUUUUCCGGCGACGUCCACUUUCCGGGUCGUAAUGAAUUUGGAGUGAGUUUGAGGACCCGAAGGGCUAUGAGUUCUGGGUUUUUCGAUAAGGGGCAUGUGGAGUAUUAUUAUUCGGGUCCCAGAUGCGGUGGUAAUAAGAAGGAGAAGGAGAUCAAGAAGAAAUUGAAGUUGCUUAAAGGAUUGUCGGAGCUGUCUGCGUCUUCUCAGAUUAGUACUGGGUUGGAUUCCGAGGAGGGUUUGGCUGCUCAAGUUCAGGGGAAGCUGAUUUCGGAAGGUGCAGAAGCAUUGCUACAGCAAUUGGAACAGGUAAGAGCUGAGGAGAAGGAGUUGAAGAAAAAGAAGAAAGAAGAGAAGGCGAGGCUUAAAGCAGAGCGGAUGAAAACCAUGAAGGACUGUGAAUCGUCAUCUUCAUCGUCUUCAUCUGAGUCUAGUGAGAGUGAAUGUGGGGAGGUGGUUGACAUGAACAGCCUGAGAGCUGAGGUCCCUGCGCAACCGAUACUAGAGGGUUUGCAGCCAUCGACCCAAGGAGGGGUGGCAUUAUUGACCCAGCCGAGUUCGGUAACCACACUUCAAGAAGAUAAAUGCUGCACUGGAACUAGUACUAGUUGUGGCAGCAGUGACAGUAUUGGUCCUAACAAUGCGGCGAGUAGCUCAGUUAUGGAAGCAUCUGUUGUGACGAAGAUUGAAGUAUGCAUGGGCAAAAAGUGCAAGACAUCAGGAGGUGUAGCCUUGUUGGAAGAAUUCGAGAGGUUGAUGGGUGUCGAAGGAAGUGUUGUUGGGUGCAAGUGUAUGGGAAAAUGCAAAAAUGGUCCAAAUGUGAGGGUUUUGAAUUCUCUGGAUGAGAUUGAAUCCGAAGAAGGAACAGAGGACUCUGUAAGGAAUCCCACUAAUCCUUUGUACGUUGGAGUGGGGCUGGAAGAUGUGAGCCUCAUCGUGGCCAACUUAAUGGGAGAAGUCAAGAAGGAUUUGGGGCUGGCCACUGCAACUUAGAGAAGAAUUCUAUAAUUACCUGCAAUGAAAUUGCAUUGGUUCUUUUCUUAUGCAUGUCUUAUAAAAUACAAGUUUGCGUAGAUCAUAAAUAUUGUUACUCCUUAAAAUGUAGAUAGAUUAGAUCAAUUUUUCAUAUACCUAGUCUCAUCCAUUCCUUACAUACCCCAAGUCCUACGUUUUCUUUGUAUUUGGGUUGUAUAUGACAACGCUCUAAAUUAUAAUGGAUUGUGCUUCUUCCCAAUA